UUUUGGAUGAACCAAUGAAUUAAAUAGGUUUGAUCAUGUCAUUAGGCAGUGUUAAACUAUAUUAUAUAAUUAAACAAUUCAUUAAAAAGUUGUUCAUUUCAUUUCCAAACUCCAAUCCGAUAAUCCAAUGGCAGUGAAAGUCAUUCAAGUUUGCAGGGUAGCUCCACAACCUGGCUCGUCGGCGGCCUCGGCCAUCCCAACUCAAGGAGGGAAACAAACUUACGAUGGAGAUACCGCUGUGUCAGAAGCAAUAUUCCAAGUCAAUCACGCACUGCCGGCUCAAGAUUACUCGUCUCUUCCUCUAACCUUCAUUGACCUCCUAUGGCUAAGGUAUCCACCCUUCCAUCGCCUUUUCUUCUAUAACAUAUUGCCUUUCUCUUCCCCUGCAGAUACCCUACUCUUUUUUCAUUCAAUAAUUAUUCCAAAACUCAAAACCUCUCUCUCUCUCACCCUCCAACAUUUUCUGCCUCUAGCCGGAAACAUCACUUGGCCCGAAAACUCCCCCAAACCCACCCUCAAUUAUGUCAAGGGCGACACCGUUUCCCUCACAGUAGCCGAAUCUGAUGCCGAUUUCCACCAUCUCUCAAGCAAUGACUUUAACAUUGAUGCCAAAGAAUACCACCCUCUUGUACCCCAACUGGAGAACUCUCACGAAAAAGCCGCCGUGAUGGCGUUCCAAAUCACCGUAUUUCCCAACAGCGGCGGCUUUUCCAUUGGAAUAUCCAUGCACCAUGCAGUUGUUGACGGCAAGACUCUCUUCAUGUUUCUGAAAUCAUGGACCCACAUAUGCAGACAUGUUCAUCAAUCUGAUGACGUUGUUUUGCCUGAUCAGCUCAAACCAUUUUACGACAGAAGGGGUAUGAAAGACCCCAUCUUUCUCCAACUGGAAGAGAUUUACUUGAACCAGUUUCUGAACAUGGACAGACAACAAAAUAAUCGAAGCUUGAUGGUUGCAGCCCGCUAUAAAUCUCUAGUGAUAUCAAAUUCAACUCGAGGCAACUUCGAAUUCACGAGCGCAAAGAUACAAGCUUUACGGAAAUGGAUCAUGGCCAGGAAACAACAGGAAGGACAUGAUCGAUCUGUUCAUUUGUCAACAUUUUCUCUAACGUGCGCCUACUCAUGGAUUUGCUUGCUAAAAGCAGAGCAAGAAGAGCAAGAUGAAGUAAAAGGGGACAAAAUAAUACCUAUGGUAAUUAACGUGGACUGCCGGUCGCGCUUAACCCCUCCUUUGCCUGCAAACUAUUUUGGAAACUGCGUAACGGCCCGUCUAGCACUUGCAGAAAGAAAAGGACUUCUGGGAGAAGACGGGUUGAUUGUAGCGGUAAAUGCGAUUAGUGAAGCCAUUAAGGGUUUGGAUGACGGGAGUUUGAUGAAUGGCGCGGAGAAUCUCGUUUCCAGUUUGUACCCUUCUGAUGAACAGACUAGUAGUGGUGCUGGUCAUCGGAGAUUUUUUACAACCGCUGGAUCGCAUCGGUUUGACAUGUAUGAUACUGAUUUUGGAUGGGGAAGGCCAAGGAGCACCGAAGUGGUUCGGAUGCAUACAGUCGGGACGAUCACUUUUGCAGAUGGUAAGAACGGCGGCGGAGCUGUUGACAUCGGGUUGGUUUUGAAAAAACAUCAUAUGGAGGCUUUUGCUUCUCUAUUUGCAAAAGGAAGCUCUAUGUUUCUCGGACGAAUUGGUAUAAAUAAUGUUGCAAGAAAAAACUUCGGAAGACUUGGCACAAAACCAAGAACAAUGGUCUUUACUUCCUUUAGUACUAGCACGAGGCGCGAGUGAAAUUUAGUCCCUCUUAGUCACAUUUAUUCUUAGUCCAGCCAGUACCAAAUAUGGAUAGUCUCAGACAGUCCCUUUUUAACAGCUUGCAUUGCGCUUUGCAUGCAUGUUUGAUUCUUGUGACUAUGAUCUAGGGAAAAUUUGCAAUGUCUCUCAAACUUAGGAGUCGAUUCGGAUUUUUCUCUUUGAACAUUUAAUUUGGUAUAUAUUUUUUCUUUUGGCAAAAAAUUUGGUAUAUAUUGAACUUGGGUAAUACUAGAGAGACUAA